AUGGCCCAGCCAGAGACUCCGAAACAAUGGGAGAAGAACGUUGGAGGGAGUGCACCGGUCUCACAGCAGUUGGCGCCUAACACAUAUGCAUCAGAAACCGCACUAACCUCACCGGAAGCAGAUGUUGUAACGAAGAGUGGUUCGCAGCUCCAGCAGAACGAAUCCGCCAGUGACUCGACUUCUCCAGCAUUCCUCCAGGCUGCUACAGCGGCCCCUCCUCCAGAGGCGUCACCCAACCCAAGAAGCUGCGUAACAUGUCGCCGCAGAAAGGUCCGCUGCAACAAACACCACCCAUGCUCCAACUGCAUCAAGGCAAAAAUCGAAUGUGUGUAUCCUAGCCCUGGAAGAGCCCCAAGGAAGUCAAAAAAGCCCCGAGAUACAGAAUUGCUGGCGCGCUUACGAACUUUGGAGAAUAUUGUAAAGAACCUCGGAGGGCCAGACGCAAUAAAUGGAAAUCCAUCAUCAUUAUCAUUGAAAAAGCCCACUCUCCACCAAAACAGCGCUAUCGAACAACCAGGAAAUUAUGCAAAUACCUCAGAUGCAGUACAACAGGAUGCUACAAUCAAGAGCGAGGUCCCUGAUACGAGUGAAAUCGAGGAGAAUAUGGGCAAAUUAAUGGUCGAAGAGGGAGGUAGCCAAUAUGUGGAUGAUUUAAAAAGCAUACUUGAUCCCCUUUCAUCAGACAAUGAAAAUGAUACGGUUGAAGAGUCUGCCUUUGAUGAGUCCUACGGUGUGAAUCAUGAUGGGUUCUUAUUCGGUUUUUCAUCACUCGCACAAAGCCUUCGGGAUUUUCAUCCUCCACCCAACCAAGUGGACAUUCUUUGGGAGACUUACAUUCAAAAUAUUGCUCCUAUGGUCCCUAUUUUCCAUACUCCUACUUUAAAACCGGCGCUUUAUCAUGGUACUAAGAACCUUGAUUCGUUGGACAAAAACACAGAGGUAAUGAUGCUAACGAUAUACUACACAAGUGCUGCGUCUAUGAGUGCUGCAGAAUGUCUUGCUCGUCUAGGAGAGCCCCGAGACAUUGUCCUGGGCCGUUAUCGCUUUGCCGUUGAGCAAGCACUAGGUCGGGCAAAAAUCUUACACUCUGGGAGUUUUACUUUGCUUCAAGGAUUAGUUUUAUUCUUGCUAUGUGUGAGACAACACGAUGAUACUCGUUACGUGUGGUCGAUGAUAUCCAUCGCCUAUCGUAUCGCCCAGGGUUUAGGCCUUCAGCGCGAUGGAACUAAUUUCAACCUAUCACCCUUUGAAACAGAAAUGCGCAGACGUUUAUGGUGGCAUAUUUGCAUUCUUGAUUUCCGGGCAUCUGAAGAUUAUGGCUGUGACCCAUUCAUAUACGAAUCUUCAUAUGACACCCGCAUGCCCUUGAACAUUAAUGAUGACGACAUUUCUCCCGAUUCCGUGGAUUUCCCAGAAGAGAAAGAAGGCUGCGUCGAAACAUCAUUCUUUCUGAUUCGGUGUGAGAUUGCUGUCGUCAACAAGAGGCUGAGCUUCAUCCCACCCAGUUCUUCUUGCAGGCUACAGGUUUCUCGCUACUCCAUGGCUGAGAGAGAAGAACUAAUUGACAAGCUCAGUUCUAACCUUGAGACGCGAUUUGUUCGGCACUGUGAUAUGACUAUCCCUAUCCACUGGGUCUGCGCCACUGUUUCCCGGCUGGUGAUUGCAAAAUUAUGGCUUAUGAUACACCAACCAAUGGUUCAGAAAUCUCAACGCAACCCGAUAGCCAAAGAAACCCAUGACCGGCUUCUGAUGACAUCCGUGGAAAUCCUUGAAUUUUCUCGACUUUUAGAAACGAAUGUUAAUACGGCGAAGUGGGGCUGGCUUUUCAGGACACACAUGCAGUGGCAUGCAGUUGCAUUUCUCCUGUCCGAGCUGUGCGUCAGGCCACUCUGCCCUGGAGUUGACCGUGCGUGGAGAGCAAUCAAUUCUGUUUACGAGGCUUGGAAUAUGCACUCUGAGAAAAAGAACGGUAUGCUCUGGCCAGCCAUUCGCAAGCUGAUGGCAAGAGCGGUGAAAUUCCGAGAAAAGCAACUUCACCAGCUUACUCUGCAGCGCGGAAAACAAGACCUUGAUAUCCCAGGCUCAUGUGCAGCUACUCCGUCCACAGACCCUUCUAGUACAUACCUGACCUCCUCCUCCUCACCACCACAUUACCUGCGUGAACCAACCAGCUAUUCCAAUUUAAGUUCAGACAUGCACAUCGACAAUACUACUCUUAACCAGAACUAUAACCUUACUACCAUACCACAAUUGGGCACCGCUCUAGAAACCCAGUGGGUAGAUCCGGCGGCGAUCACGCAGGUCGAUACUAGCAUCUUGUCAUCUGCUUCCCCAUCUUGGUCAGAUUGGGACCAAUUGGUACGUGAAUUCCAGCUGGAUGUCGCCCAAGGUGGCCAAGCGAAUACUUCUGCGCUCACCGGGGAAGUAGUGAUCCCUGAUUGGUUUGAAUAG